AUGAGAGCUUGUCCUCCAUCCUCCAAACAGCGGUUGGCUCUCAACCUGAGAGCUUGUCCUCCAUCCUCAAACAGAUGUGGCUCUCAACCUGAGGGCUUGUCCUCCAUCCUCCAAAACAGCUCUGUUGGCUCUCAACCUGAGAGCUUGUCCUCCAUCCCCAAAACAACUGUUGGCUCUCAACCUGAGAGCUUUUCCUCCAUCCUCAAAACAAAACAGCUGUUGGCUCUCAACCUUGAGAGCUUGUCCUCCAUCCUCAAAAACAGAUCUGUUGGUUCUCAACCUGAGAACUUUUCCUCCAUCCUCAAAACAGCUGUUGGCUCUCAACCUGAGAGUUUGUCCUCAUUCCUCCCAACAGCUGUUGGCUCACAACCUGAGAGCUUGUCCUCCAUCCUCCAAACAGCUGUUGGCUCUCAACCUGAGAGCUUUUCCUCCAUCCUCAAAACAGCUGUUGGCUCUCAACCUGAGAGCUUUUCCUCCAUCCUCAAAACAGCUUUUGGCACUCAACCUGAGAGCUUGUCCUCCAUCCUCCAAACAGCUCUGUUGGCUCUCAACCUGAGAGCUUGUCCUCCCAUCCUCUUAACAGCUGUUGGCUCUCACCUGAGAGCUUGUCCUCCAUCUAACAAAACAGCUGUUGGCUCUCAACCUGAGAGCUUUUCCUCCAUCCUCUUAACAGCUGUUGGCUCUCAACCUGAGAGCUUUUCCUCCAUCGUCUUAACAGCUGUUGGCUCUCAACCUGAGAGCUUUUCCUCCAUCCUCUUAACAGCUGUUGGCUCUCAACCUGAGAGCUUGUCCUCCAUCCUCCCAACAGGUGUUGGCUCUCAACCUGAGAGCUUUUCCUCCAUCCUCUUAACAGCUGUUGGCUCUCAACCUGAGACUGUUGGCUCUCAACCUGAGAGCUUUUCCUCCAUCCUCUUAACAGCUGUUGGCUCUCAACCUGAGAGCUUUUCCUCCAUCCUCUUAACAGCUGUUUGCUCUCAACCUGAGAGCUUUUCCUCCAUCCUCUUAACAGCUGUUGGCUCUCAACCUGAGAGCUUUUCCUCCAUCCUCGAAACAGCUGUUGGCUCUCAACCUGAGAGCUUUUCCUCCAUCCUCCCAACAGGUGUUGGCUCUCAACCUGAGAGCUUGUCCUCCAUCCUCUUAACAGCUGUUGGCUCUCAACCUGAGAGCUUGUCCUCCUUCCUCGAAACAGCUGUUGGCUCACCACCUGAGAGGUUGUCCUCCAUCCUCCAAACAGUUGUUGGCUCUCAACCUGAGAGAUUGUCCUCCAUCCUCUUAACAGCUGUUGGCUCUCAACCUGAGAGCUUGUCCUCCAUCCUCUUAACAGCUGUUGGCUCUCAACCUGAGAGCUUGUCCUCCAUCCUCGAAACAGCUUUUGGCUCACAACCUGAGAGGUUGUCCUCCAUCCUCCAAACAGUUGUUGGCUCUCAACCUGAGAGCUUGUCCUCCAUCCUCUUAACAGCUGUUGGCUCUCAACCUGAGAGCUUGUCCUCCAUCCUCCAAACAGCUAUUGGCUCACAACCUGAGAGGUUGCCUCCAUCCUCCAAACCGUUGUUGGGUCUCAACCUGAGAGCUUGUCCUCCAUCCUCUAACAGCCUUGUUGGCUCUCCAAUCCUGAGAGGUUGUCCUCCAUCCUCCAAACAGUUUGUUGGCUCUCAACCUGAGAGGUUGGUCCUCCAUCCUCCAAACAGGUCCGUUUGCCGCUUCCUCAACCGAGAGGUUGUCCCCAUCCGCAAACUGGUUGCUCACAACCAGGAGAGCUUGUCCAUCCUCAUCCAACAGCCUUUUGCCAACAAUCCUGAAGAGUUGGCCCCUUCCAUCCUCCAAAACAGGUGGGUUGCUCAACCAGGAAGAGCUGUUGGCCUCAACCUCCGAGAGCUUGUCCUCAAUCCUCCAAACAGCUGUGGCUCUCAACCUGAGAGCCUUUUCCUCCACCUCUUAACAGCGUUGGCUCUCAACCGGAGAGCUGUCCUCCAUUCCUCAAAACAGCUGGUUGGCUCUCAAACCUGA